GGUCGCGAGAGAGGCCCACAUUUCUUGGAGAUGUACGAGUGGCUGUUGUCACAGGUGCAGAUUUGACAGUUUGUGUCCUGCAUAGCAGCGACGACGAAUGUUUCUGGGCCUAUUUUCUAAUGCAGGCCAACUAGUAUUUAUCUGAUCGUGAUAAUUCUACACGUACACCUGAGCCGAUGAUCGAGUUUGUGUUGAUCUACUAGUAUCUGUUUUAUUUUAAUCUAUUUUUUGUGCCCAAGACUCGUUCCCCCGGCUUUGCCGGCGGCUUUCAUUCACUUUCACAAUCUAGUUACCGUAUCUCGAAAGAAUGACUUGCCACCGGGCAGUAAUUACGCUAUGGUCUCUUCUGGCCACUUGGAUGUGUUGCAGAACGUCUGCACAGACCCUGACCACUUUCUCUAGUGCUGCGCUGCAGAGUAAACUGUCGGAGUUCUCAUCCAGUGCGCUUGGAGCACCCUCAAUGCAGAGUGCAUUUGACGCAGCAGUUGUCUCCUCAACGAGCUCAAUUGAUGGAGUCCGUGCCGUAUCUACGCUUGCAACGGGUGUCAGUACUCGCCUCACGUCUCGCUCUAGGGCAGCACGCGACCUGCAGUCAGCUGCACGACAGGCGUAUCAGGCAGGCAUGACGCGACAAGAAGAGACGCUGUGCUGCAAGCUGGACGAUGACGAUGUGGCCUUCGACUCACGCUUCAACACUACCGUUUCUAGGAAUAAUGGCUGCGAUCGCAUAUCAGCCACUGCCAGCAGCAACCGGCCUAUGAUCAGCGCUGCAAUAGCGGCGGCCUCAAAGGCGAACCUGGUGGAUGUGCCUGAACUGAAAUUCCAGUAUUACGGCUCUGAGGAAGGCUAUGCUACAAUUUAUCCUGGCUUCAACGCCUCAAGCUGUUCAUCCUAUGAUCCUCGGUACAGACCAUGGUAUGUAGCUGCAGCUGUACCUGCUGCAAAGGACGUAGUCAUCGUUGUGGACACGAGUGGAUCCAUGGGUGCAAUCAUCCCAGAUGACAACAGAAGAACACGCCUGGAUCUGGCAAAGGAAGCCAUCGACUCUAUUCUGGGUAUUUUGUCACCAGAGGAUCGGGUCACCAUCCUGCCAUUCAAUACUAAUCCGGACAAGAUUGAACCAAAUGUGUACGGCAACAUGAGUUGUUUCAACACUAUCGUAGGACCGGCUACUCCUUACAAUAUUAGACAGCUGAAGUGGCUAGUCCAAGAGCUUAAUGCUGGCGGGGCUACAAAUUAUGCUCCUGCCAUUUCGAAAGCAUACCAGAUAUUCUCAGCAUCGCCAGCAUUAGCGAGCAGAGACCGGGUGAUUCUGUUCUUGUCGGACGGCGACCCAGGCGACAGUGAAAGCGAAAUCCUGUCUAAGCAGGAGAGUGCAGCGCUUCCAUUCAACUACAGAAUUCAUGUUCUUACCUAUGCCAUGGGUGCUAAUAUUGAAGCUGGCCGUGGUAUCCUCACCAAGAUGGCCAAUCAGGACUAUCCAGGAGUAUCAGCCACCAAAGCCACCGGUGAGUUUCGGUUGGUGUCAGAUUUCCUUAAUUUGCGCCCGACAUUGACCCGCUUCUACUCAUUCUUUGCAUCGGAGGACACAUCAUCGUCAGUGAUUUUCACACAGCCCUACUAUGAUGCAUUUGGACUAGGUUUGAUUAUGACCGCUGCCGCUCCGGUUUACACCACCAAUUCCGACACGACUCAAGUGCUGCGUGGCGUAGUCGGUGUCGACAUCACUAUCACCGACCUGUUCGCUGACAUCUCCUAUUUCUCCGACGACGAGCAUCAGUAUACGUUCAUGAUCAAUAGAAAAGGUGCUGCUAUCUUGCACCCAUUGCUCAACCAGCCAGUGGACAUAUCAUCUGAUCCACUCUUUCAGGACAUCACCCUACUGGAGGUGGAUGCGCAGUUCAGGACACUAGUCUACUCACAGAUGAGAAACGGCACAACUGGCAGCGCUACAAUCAACGCUACACGCUUUUUGACCAUAGGCGACAGCAAAUACGAGGGCACCGUCCGAGUGUCUGUGCUGUCUACCUACUAUUGGACACCGGUAUAUGGGACAGACUUCGUUGUGUGCGUUGUGCUAAACCUGGAGUCAUCAAGAGAGGUUGCUGAUAUCGGGUCACAGAAUGCGCCAAGUGAGUCUACUGUGUACCAUCGCCUGGAUUUGGCUGCCCCGAGAGGACGCCGCUGUGAUCAGUUUGGCCGCGAGGCUGUGUCAGAUGUUAGCGCAGUCAAGUUCUCACCAGAGGCGUUCACAGACCCGGCGCGCUAUUUGAAUGUUCCGGAGUCGACUAGCAAUGUCACUCAGAUGUUGAACUACCUGGAUGGCCGUUCAGUGACCAAUCGCUACUUCAAGAGCAGCGUCGUCAAUCUUGUGCGCCUCACCUCUAAGCUGGACAAGAUCUGGGACAGCAAUUUUUUCCGCAAGUAUCAGCAGUCUGUCGUUUGGAGGUAUAUCGGUGCUAUUGAUGGUGUCUUCAGAAUCAUUCCUGGUACCCAGCUACCCACUUCUUACGACCACUUGAGUCGUGGCUGGUUCACACGGUCGCUGAACAGGCCGGGACAACUCACUAUGAGUCCACCCUACUUGGACGCGUUUGGUGCUGGCUAUGUCGUCACACUCAGUACUACUAUACACCAGAGCUCUGUGCGAUCCAACCCAUCAGCAGUGGGUGCUGUCAUGGCCAUGGACUUUGCUGUGGGCUUCCUCAACGAAUUCAUGAUCAGUGUUUAUGGCAGCUGCGCAAACAGUUACAGGUGUAUGCUGCUAGACUCAUCGGGCUAUCUCGUGUUCCAUCCUUCGUUCCUGAGUGCGUCAGCCAAUCCAGAGUGGGUUCACCUUGGCCAUGAGGAGCCCCAGGUGAUGGAAACUCUGCUAAACACUGGUGUGCUGCGAAAGAAGUCUUGUGUGCGAUAUGACACGUUUUCACGAUACUCCUAUUUCCGAGUGACGAUGCCUACUGGUCAGACCGAAGUCUCAAGCUCCUACCCCUGUCAAGAUCCCGUGGCACACGGUACUUCAGUCAACUUCAAGGUUAUGCACAUUGCAAACACCAACAUGUACUUGGCUGUUGUUUCGACCAGUUGUCCAUACCGCCCUCGUACACUGUCUUCCUGCCCAUGCCCUGUGAGAAACGGCUUGGGCCAAUGUCAGACAUCAGAGAUCUUGCAGAGUUGCGAGUGUCCGUGUGUUCGUGGUGUGGAUUACUUCCCCUGCAACAAUUCCUUUCCCGGCAGUAUCGCAGUGAGUGACGUGUGCCCGGCGGAAAUCGUUGCCUUGCCAGUCGUGCCCCGCAAGCCGGACAAAGUCACCAAGCUGGAGAAGUGUUUCAACGGCCGAUGCAGUAACAUCACCUCGUCCAGGACUUGUCAAGCCACUGUCGGCUGCGCGUGGUGCACACAGGACAAAGAUGACACGGAGCUAAGCUCUGCCUACUGUACAACAGACUGUGCAUGCUUCCAGGGCGUGCAGGGCAAAGAGAACCCGAACGCUGCCUGUACCGCAACCAGCGAUGAUGAUGAUGAUGAUGCCAAAAAGAAAGGAGCCUGGAAUGUUGGUGUUGGCGUUUCAUUGCUCGCGGCAGGCCUCGUGAUGAGUGUCAGUGUGAAAGUGGCUCUGGACAAACGCAGGGCUGGGAUCAUGGCGACAGGGGGUAGUACAUGUCGUUUUGCUUGUACCACUGCUGCCGCUGCUCCUCGUGCCAGUGUUCAACCAUCCCUGGGCAGUACCAUCUCCUACACACCACCAACAAGCAUCAUUGCUACCAACGAUGCUGGCGGUCAUCGGCCAUCUGCACCACCAGAUAUUGGAGAGUUUGAGCCAUGCAAACCCAGCACCGACCCUAAUGCUCCUCCCGAUUACAAUAUUGCAAUAACCAUGCCUGCCCCUGGGGAAAUGUCUGCAGCAACCGCUUUUGCUCCAGGACAUUCCACGACAUAGCGACACCUAGUAAAACCGUGCUUUUUUUGUCUAUCAAUCUAAUGACUACUAGUACUGGCUAGUUCAUGUUCAAUGAGUAGCAUAGUAGCAUAGACCCUAUGCAAUUCCUGGUCAUGCUGUACAUCUGCUGUGUGUACAACUGCUAUGUGGAUGACUGCUGCCAUCGCGAGCUAGUACACAAUUGAGCCUGGGACAACUACUGCCCAGUCUUGACAUGUUUGAGAUGAUAUUUUAUUUGUAGCUAUGAUGCUGCUGCUGGUGCUGGUGGUGCUGCCACCGUUGUCACUGCCGUCUGCAAGCAAACAUAACAUAACGGCAAGCAAACAUAACGGCAAGCAAACAUAACGGUCAGCAUGACUGCACGGUUUCACUGAAUCUGAGUGUAUGUCAGCGUGUCUCUUACAUGCUACUGUUAACGUUACUGCUGCUGAUCUACGCAAUGCUGAAAUGCUGCUGUUCGCCCACCACCCAGGAUUAUAUCCUUCACAAUUGUAUGACAGUUGCCUUCCUUCAUGGCAGUUUGACCAUCACUGGCUGUGGCAUCAACCGACGUACGAAAAAUUAGCAAGAUGUAUUUUUUUUUAAGAGAAAGAUAUCACUUUGUUGCCACUGGGCGAUCUUUCUUUCUAGUGCCUAGAAUACAUGUAGCGCUUGCAGAUUUCAUUUCAUUUUGAUAUUAUUAAUAUUAGUUGACUGUGUUUCAUAGAAUUGUUAUUCUUGGUCAUAUUGUGUAAUAAAGUGUUCUGUAGCUCUGUAUACACUUGGACGCAAACGAAAAUCCAGUGGAACAGAAAAUAUUAUAUGAAAAUAUUAUACAGUUUCCUCUGAGACAGAAAAAUGCGAUAAUACUCAUAAAAAGGACACACCUCAGGCUCUUUAGAACAUCUUGAACGUUUUUGGUUUCACAAGUAUACUUUCAAGCCUUCUCAUCAGGUGAAAUACAGGCAAGGGAAAAGGAACAGGAACAGUGGAUUAAGUACAGUAAGGAGAAAAUAUUAUAAUUAUUAUUAUGCCUGCACCUGACUCUUGCGCUAUGAUACCCCUCAGAAUUUCCCACCUUGCUCCCCCAGCCUUAUGUUCAGGCUGUCCGCUUUGGAGCCAUCAGUUGCCUGAUGAUCGUAGUAGUACGUGAAACUCACAGUUCCAAUCUCUCUUGUGUAAUUAUUACUUGAAGUAUUAUAAAAACCUCAACUCAGAUUUUCAUGCUUUUAAGAAAGCAAUCAUCAGGAGACGAAAGCUGUUUUCAGGAUACUGUGUUCUUAUUCACCACAGGAAUUGGGUGUUGGCCUAACCUUUAUGGCAGGCAUGCAGUGCCAAUGCUCAGCGCAAAAACAGGAAGGUGACAGGGCUGGUCGCCGAUAAAUAUGCUUACUGUAUGGGAGAUGGGAGGGGAAUAUGUGAACAUGUGCGCGUGUAAUGUACUUAUAUGCGUGCGCAUGUGUGGAUGUGUGUGUGUUUAAGCAUGAAAUUCUGCGUUCAGAAUUUUUUUGUUCCGCUUGACGUUUAUUUGUACCGAAGUUCUGCACGUCGUCAAGAGUACAUAACCCCAAGAGUGUGCAACUGCCUGCACAACCUCUAUGCUGUGCUGCGACGGCAGAACUUCACAUCACGUGACAUGGUUCAAAAGGUUAUGCUGGCAAACAGUGCAAAGUGACCACAAGAGAGUUGUACCCAAAGCUGGGCUGCGUACAACCCAGUAUCUAUCAUGCACUAGAGUGCACGGGUUCAUCACGUGAUGUGAAGUUCUGCCGUCGCAGACCCCAUAGCUGGAGUUGCACACUCUUGGGGUUAUGUACUCUUGACGUCGUGCAUAGAGCACUCUGCAUCUGACCACUGGUCAGAUGCAGAGUGUAUGCUUGGACACUGUCUUCAGGGUGAAGGUGCUGUACCCUGUUUGCACACAGAUCGUAUAAAGUGCAACUAAUUAGUUGC